AUGUCUCUCUGGAGUUCCUACCGCGCUCUUUCCCCCAAAACGAGAGCCCUGUUCGGAGUCGGUGUCAUGGCCUGGGCAUCUAUCGGUCUUUGGACGUCACCGCAAGUCGAACAGGCCAUGGGGAUGGUUCCUACCACGGAGGAACAGGCAGAACUUGAUCGCAAGUUGUCGAUUCGGGUUUCCAGGGUGGACAAGGAUGGGAACUAA